CUUUGAAGGCAUCACCAAAUUGCAAACACAGAUUGAUCGAUACGUCAAUUGCCCAAGAUGCCGCCACGAAUACCCUUUCUAGCCGCCCUACGGCAACCCUCGAACCUAAUUAAGUCCCAAACCGCCUACAUAUCAACCAGCAAACCAUCACAGGCUCUCCGCACCGACUCCUCGGCAACAUCCAACCUCCUAGCCCUCGACGACCAAUCCUCCUCCUCUAACUCCCCCUUCUCCAAAACCCGAAGGCCACGGGACGCCACAUCAGCCGCAGCCGAUGUAUACGACCGACUCCACGGGACCGUCUCCAAGCGAAUGCGUCUCGAAGAAGAGCUCCGACAAAAAAAUGAAAGCGACGACUACUCACGACAACUGUCACGUCGCUGGAAGGCAGGCGACGUAUACGCGCCGCACGACCUAAGCCCGUCCGAGAUGAGGAAGUGGCGCAAGAGCCAGAUGCAGAAGAAGGAUUUGGUGGAUAUGUUGGGAUUGAAGCCGUUGGAUAUGUACAGGAAUUUCUCCGUUAUUUCGGAAUUCAUGACAUCACAUGGCCGAAUAAAGCGAGCCUUCGAAACCGGUCUGCGACCGCCCAACCAAAGGAAAAUGGCCAAGGCGAUCCGACGAGCUAUCGGUCUAGGUAUCCAUCCCAGUGUGCACAAGCACCCCGAAAUUCUACUGCGAGAGCACCAAAGAUACAAUGAGCAAAACACAUACUCGCUCAAGAAGGACCGCAACAUCUAAAUAUGUGGGCGGAUAGAUGGAUGGAUUGUACAACAGCUUUUUAGUGCCUUCUCUUAUUUCCACUUAUAUACAGAGAUAGCCAUCUAAAUAUAUGUAUGAAUAAUGUUGUACAAAGAUCAAUUCAUUCAUAUCAAUCAUCACGCCUUCCACGGCCUUCGGAGUUUAAAUAUCACGAGCCCU